AGGGUUAAAGCCGAGGCCGAAGGGUUUGCUCGUCUUCCUCUCUCCCCCUUCUCCCGCGGCGGCGCGUGCGAGACCCAUCCGCCGCCACGCCAUGGCCAAGUUCAACGUGGUGCAGAAGAACAGGCGCCAGUGGAAGCAGGACCGCAAGCGCGCCGCGCAUGGGGAGCCCGGCACCGGCAAGCUCAAGCAGCGUACCGCGCCCGUCUCCAUGUCCGGCAAGCGGAAGCGCAAGCUCGAGCGCCGCCUCAACCGGGAGCAGAAAGAGGCUGCGAUGAUUAAGGCGCUGGAGAACAUGGGGGAUGUCGACAUGGUCUCUGCUGAAGAGUCUUCAGAGGCUGCAAAGGGCAAGUCUCAAGUGAAGUUCAGUGUGAAGAAAAACUCAAGAAUACAGAUCAAGAGAUUGAAGGGCAAAGGCAGGAAGAAAGCCAAAAAUGCAAAACCACCUGCGAAGGAGAAAGUUGAUGCCAUGGUAGAAUGACGGACAAUACUGCAUCACUGGAAUUAUGAUAUGAACCUUGUAUGUUUUCUCAGAGCUUGCAGCAAGGGCUGCAGGGACUGACCUCAGGGAACACUGGAGCUUGAACUGCCUCUUGCAUCUACUACUGCCUGAAUGUUCAUUAGAAGCUACUUAGGUCUGGUGUUAGUGUAUCGAACUUCAAACAUGAAUGUACCUUUAAUAGUGGAAUAUUCAUGUUUUCAUUCAUGUUCAUAUUGCGUUCGUUGUGAUUGUGCGGCUGUCGGCUUCUACAGUAAGCAACUAUCGUAGCCCUAUGUUCCUCCCUAGCAUCGGACGGCAAUUGUUGCAUUCAGGCAUAGCCGAUCUGAAGUGAUACAUUUAAACAUUCUUGUUCCUUGCU